UCCUCGGUGUACCAAAGAGCAAAGACGUUGUCGAGGUCGACUGCUGCCAGAUUUGAAGUUAAUCUUCACAACGGAUCCAUGUUUGCGGAUCAGAGAGUCGCCGGUGCCCUCAAUUGAGCCUGUGCGCACGGACUGGGGGUCGCUUUCCGCGCGCUCGGUCCCUGAUCGGCACCGCUAUGUCCUGAACGCGCCGCGGGAGGGAUGCUCAUUCACGGUGACUUAUUCUGGAAAGUGAUGCCCAGUUAGCACUUAUGGAUGUGAGGAUGGGUGACUCCCACCAGCACGAGUGAGUGGAAAGAUGCUGCUCGGAUGGAAAUUAUUCCUGUUUGGAUACAGAAAGAAGAAGGAGAUGGAUGUUGAAUGUUCCUCCUGCAGGUGCAGCAUGCUGAAGGGGACAGGCGUGAGCUUCAUCCUGCUGUGUCUGAUGGCAGAGGUCAGUCUCAGCGCGCAGCAGGUCUUGAGGAUCGGUGGGAUUUUCGAGACACUUGAGAAUGAACCGAUUAGCGUGGAGGAACUCGCCUUCAAAUUCGCUGUAACCAACAUUAACAGAAACAGGACUUUAAUGCCCAACACCACCCUCACCUACGACAUCCAGAGAAUCAACCUGUUCGACAGCUUCGAGGCCUCCAGGCGAGCCUGUGAUCAGCUGGCUCUCGGUGUGGCCGCCGUGUUCGGCCCGUCCCACAGUUCUUCAGUGAGUGCGGUCCAGUCCAUCUGUAACGCGCUGGAGGUCCCUCACAUCCAGACCCGCUGGAAACACCCCUCUGUGGACAACAAGGACAGUUUCUACAUCAACCUGUACCCAGACUACGCCUCCAUCAGCCGUGCCGUACUCGACAUUGUGCAGUUCUACAAGUGGAAAGCAGUGACGGUGGUGUACGAGGACGCAACAGGGCUAAUUCGUCUUCAGGAGCUGAUAAAGGCUCCGUCUCGCUACAGCAUCAAGAUCAAAAUCCGACAGUUACCGAUGGGAAGUAAAGACGCUCGGCCGCUUCUUAAAGAGAUGAAGAAGGGGAAAGAGUUUUGUGUCAUCUUUGACUGCUCGUACCAGACCGCAGCAGACGUCCUCAAACAGCUGUUGUCUAUGGGCAUGAUGACUGAAUACUACCAUUUCUUCUUUACCACGCUGGAUCUGUUUGCGUUGGACCUGGAGCCGUACCGAUACAGUGGCGUGAACAUGACGGGUUUCCGUCUGCUCAACAUCGUCAACCCUCAUGUGGCGUCAGUGGUGGAGAAAUGGUCCAUGGAGCGACUGCAGGCUCCACCCAAACCCGAGACCGGCCUGCUGGAUGGAAUGAUGACAACUGAAGCAGCUCUGAUGUAUGAUGCUGUGCAUAUGGUCGCUGCCGCGUCCCAGCGAGCAUCUCAGAUCACCGUCAGCUCACUGCAGUGUCACCGACACAAACCCUGGCGCUUCGGCUCGCGAUUCAUCAGCAUGCUCAAAGAGGCUCAGUGGAACGGACUGACCGGACAGAUCAUCAUAAACAAGACGGACGGCCUGAGGAAAGACUUCGAUCUCGACAUCAUCAGUCUGAAAGAGGAUGGGAUGGAAAAGCUGUUUAUGGAAAGUGGUCGCUUUAACAAAGUAUGGAAGAAGGUUUGUAUUGAAUUAUUACCAUGGUUUACCCCGUAUGAAUGGUACAACCCUCAUCCCUGCAACCCUGAUUCAGAUGUUGUUGAGAACAACUUCACCUUAAUCAACAGUGUUUGGUUUGGUGUUGGAGCGCUUAUGCAGCAAGGAUCGGAGUUGAUGCCUAAGGCUUUGUCCACCAGGAUUGUUGGAGGUAUCUGGUGGUUCUUCACCCUCAUCAUCAUCUCGUCCUACACGGCUAACCUGGCCGCCUUCCUCACCGUGGAGCGAAUGGAUUCGCCCAUAGACUCGGCCGAUGAUCUGGCCAAACAGACCAAGAUUGAGUAUGGCGCCGUGAGGGACGGGUCCACUAUGACUUUCUUUAAGACAGGUGGUUUGAGGUUUGACGGGAGAACAGCAGUUACUCCUCCAGACCCGAGAUCUGUGAUUUUACAAGCACAGAUUGGCGGGACGCGGACCUCAGCCAGCGGGAAAUACAUAGAGGGAGUCCAGCGUGUUAUGACCACAGAUUACGCUCUUCUGAUGGAGUCCACCAGCAUCGAGUACAUCAGCCAGAGAAACUGCAACCUCACGCAAAUCGGAGGACUCAUCGACUCAAAGGGCUACGGAGUUGGCACUCCUAUUGGCUCCCCAUAUCGUGACAAGGUGACCAUCGCCAUCCUGCAGUUACAGGAGGAGGGGAAACUGCACAUGAUGAAGGAGAAGUGGUGGCGAGGAAACGGCUGUCCUGAGGAGGACAGUAAAGAGGCCAGCGCUCUGGGAGUGGAGAACAUCGGAGGAAUCUUCAUCGUGCUGGCGGCCGGACUCGUCCUGUCUGUGUUCGUGGCCAUCGGCGAGUUUAUCUAUAAGUCCAGGAGGAACCUGGACAUCGAGGAGGUGAGCGUGGGACAGUGUGAAUGGCACAAUAAAUACUGAUGGAGCUGGUGGACCAUGCAGGACUUCAGAGGACGUCAGUGGGAGUUUUAUAAUGGACUUUUGCUCCUCGACCUUAUUAAAUCCAAACACGCUGACGAAACAUUACUUGCAUGAUGUCAGCUGUGUGAGAACUGGUGGCGACGUUGGAUACUGAGCAACAUUAUUUUUUAAACAUUUUUAAUUUUCAGAUGGACAAACAAAAAGGCAUCUGUCAGUGAGAUAUGAAUCAAGACAGGAGUGUAAGUUUGCAGUUGAACUAUUACGCCAGUUACUGUAUUGUUGAGUAGUUCACUUCCAUGUAGUUUGUAUUUAGAUUUAAAAGACUUGAACGUUUUAUUCUUUACAGACAUAUUCCUUCUUAAUCUAAUUUAUGAUAAGGCAUGUCUGUGAGUUUUAUUAUAGGUGACGUGUGUAAUUUUUCAUGUUGAAAUGAGUCAAUUAUACAUCAUUGAUUCAUAGGUUGAUUUUCCAGAAGAGUGGAAACAACAUUAUUCUGUUUUUUUUUCUUUUAAAAUGAAUUACAAUAAUUACAAUUUAUUGCAAUAUUGGGGAAGUCAGUGUGGUUUUCAGGUUAAAAAAAGGGAUACA